AUGGGUAUCGUCUGCAGCCAUGAGGUUGCAGAGCAGGUAGCCAGGAGCUCGAAGCAGUUUCCGUAUGGUAUGCCCAAGACCCCGACGCUGCAAGCUUAUAAGUAUCUGUUGGGCCCUCAUUCGAUUCUUACUUCCGAAGGCGAGGAAUGGAAAAGCCUUCGCAAACGGUUCAAUCCUGGGUUUGCGCCUCAGCAUUUAUUGACCUUGCUUCCGUGCAUACUGGACAAGACGGUGCCGUUUUUCGAGACGCUUGAUCGUUAUGCACAGUCUGGUGAAGAGUUUAGCCUAGCUGAGACAUGUACCAAUCUCACAUUUGAUAUUAUUGGCGCAGUGACAAUGGACGAGGACUUGGGAGCCCAGCUCCCCCUAGAUAAGCAGAGCGAAAUGGUCAGGCUCUACCACGAGCUGGCUGCAAGCUAUUACCGGAAGAGCUCAGUCCGCGCAAAAGCGUUGAACCCCUUGUUGAUAUGGCAGCAAUAUACACUGGCUCGCACACUCAAUGCCAUCAUCAAAAACCACAUCAAACGCAAGUUCGCCGAAUUGAAGGAAGCCAGCACUGACGAAAAAAAGUCUCGCAGUGUCCUCGCCCUCAGUCUACAGGGUAUCGAGCACCUGGAUGCCCAUGUCCUUGAUCAGACUUGCGAUCAGCUGAAAACGUUCUUGUUUGCUGGUCAUGACACGACUAGCAUCCUUCUGCAGUGGGCAUUCUAUGAGCUCAGCCGCACCCCUCGUGUUCUUGAAUCCAUCCGCCGCGAACUCGACGACGUCUUUGGGCCUGAUCCUUCCCCGGCAGUAGUUCGUGAUAAGCUUCUUGCGCCGAAUGGCGGAGAACUCCUCAGCAAGUUGCAGUAUACCACCGCCGUGAUCAAAGAGAUACUCCGUGUAUACCCUUCGUCGGGAACGGGGAGACUCGUGCCCGAGGGAUCGGAUGCGUAUAUUCAACUGCCAGAUGGAAGGUCGCUGUGCAUUGACGGAAUCCUGAUGUACAACUGCGAGACGCUCAUUCAUCGUGAUGAGACUGUCUACGGGGAAUCGAAGGAUGAUUUUUUUCCGGAGCGAUGGCUCGGUGAUGCGGGUGCUGAUCGCAUACCGUCCAGCGCAUGGCGACCGUUCGAGCGAGGACCGCGCAGCUGUAUUGGCCAGGGACUUGUGACAAUUGAGGCGCAAGUCAUUCUGGCUUGUGCGGUUAGACGGUACGAAUUUGUGAAGAUUGGGCUCGGUGAGGUCGCGAGGGACAGUGCAGGGGAGCCAAUUCUCGAUCCGCAAGGGCAGUACGAGGUCAAGUCGAAAUUGUUCAACACAAUGCAAGUGACGGCAAAGCCGGUAGAUGGAAUGAUAAUGAAAGUGAAGUUGUCCUCCGGUGGUAGGAAAGAGCUCUGA